AUGAAUGGGUAUAAUCUAAAUCAACAAGAUGGAGGCGCUGCUAACGCAAAUUACACACACCGGCAACCCCAGCCUCAACCUCAACCACGACUAAACUUCAACAAUAUCAAGCAUUUAUAUCCGGAUCAUCAACAGAAUAGAAUCCACAGCGACAACAAUAGCUAUGAAAACAUCCCGCAAGUUGUUAAUCUCCGACCUAGCAUGAAGGUUGACUCCUUUUUCAGUGAUGGAGAUGAUGUUGAGGAUGAUAAUGAUGAACGUAUACCAUUGAGUCUUACUGCGCAGGAAUUGACUUUGCAAGAGUCCAAAACUUAUAUGAGAUGGUAUAGCGAUAUACUUGCGCGCACAAAUAAUAGAACAAUCUCCAUCAACGACGUGUUUCAAUUUCUCGUCAAUUUCAAGAUCUUGGAGGAGAGAAAGGGGAAAGUUUGUCAGAUUUUCAACAGAAUCAGCCUGAGCAUUAACAUUGGUGAGUUCUUUGCAUUGUUGAGAGUGAUCAGUCAUACUUUGUUAGGACAGGAGCCUACUAGAAAAUUGAUCAAAGUGGUUGCUCCCGUGCCUACACCGCCUUCCAUUUUGUCGAAAAAGAGACAAAAUGAAGAACAAGAGGAAGAAGAGGAAGGAAAUUUCAAUAAAUCUGGGCAAGACGACGAAGAACAAGCACAACCAAUGGCUCCACUUGAUAUUGAUAGCUUUACCCAGUUCUUGCUUACGGGAGAAAGGCCCGAUUUAAGCACCAACAAGAGAAGAAAGAGUAAAAAAGUGAAAUUUUCAGACCAAAUUGACAUCCACGACUCAAGCACUUUAGUAACACCUAGUCCCAUGGCGUCUCCACAACCGCAAUCCGAUCAAAUUGAUUAUUCGCUUCCCAUGGACCAACUUUUAGAGAGAAUGAAGAGUCAACAGCAAACUUAUCAGCCGAACGAUGAAGAGGAAAGACAAGUGCUUAAUGAAAUAGAAUCGCAGCAUCGUUUCCACAACUUGCACAACGUGGACACUGCUUCAGUCGGUGGCAAACCCGUGCCCUCUUCAAGCAACAACGACAACUUAUUCUUAAAGCCAAACAUGACGGGGCCAGCGCAAAUGUCGAGAAUGUUCAAUAGCAUGGGCAACAUGAAUAUAACCCCAGAACCCGAACCACAAGAAGAAAUGAAAGCGUUACGGCCAAACGUGACUGGACCAGCAGACAUGGCACGAAUGUUUGCCCCUGCACCACAGCAACAGCAACAACAACAACAACAACAACAACAACAACAACAACAACAACAGCAGCAACAACCACAACCACAAGAGCUUCCCAAGAUAUCGCUUCUGGCAUUUUCAUCGCAAAUGACGGGCCAGACAUUGGAAAAUACAAUCCAAAACCAAAGACCACCUGUACCACGCCAUAGAUCCAUGUCUUCCCCAAUACCAAAUCAAAGAGCUGCUCCUCCUCCGCCACCACCAAGAAGAAGGAAUGUUACUCAGCCGGGACCGCCGCCUCCGCCAGUGAGACGAUCGAGCUCACCGGCACCACCAGCUCUACCGCCCAAAGUCCCUCAUAGCUCUGGUGGUGGGGGUGGUGAUUCAACUGCAAAUAUAUUGGAUGACUUGAAGGCUUUGCAAGAAGAAGUUGAUAAGAUCAGGAACCUAACUGGUGGAUUUUGA